AUGCCGCGCGACCAGAUCGGAGAGACUCGGGCCGCGCUCAAAUUCACAAGAAUCUGCAAGUACUGGCAGACAAAGGGGAGAUGUCAUCUGGGGGACUUAUGCACCUACGCACAUUCCUACGAUGAGCUGCGGAUCCAGCCGGAUUUGGCUGCCACAGCUCUGUGCACCAGGUUCAAGAGAAAGGGCUUCUGCAAGAAUGGAAAUGCCUGCAGGUAUGCUCAUGGACAGUCCGAGCUGCGAAGAUUGCCCGACACCAGCAGGGUUUACCACGAAACCCCGAAGCAGCAGGAGGAGAUAGAGCCAGCCAUGUUUCAUUAUAUGAUGGCCCAGCGAAUGGCACAUGCUCACAUCGCGAAUAGCCCAGUGCUCACGGUGGAGACCAAGUCCCACACCGUUUUGCCGAAUUCCAUGGCUGCUUCCGCGGGCCCUGCCGGUGCAGACUCCAAAUUGCAGGACGAGCCUGAGUUCCUCAAGGCCAUGAUGCGAGAUCUCAUAUUCGAAGAGCCCGAACAGAAUUCGCCCCGGUAUGCUCCACCCGUGGCAGACAAGAAUGUUUGCCCGAUGUGGGUGACACAGACAGAGAUGGUAACCUUGCCUGCCGUGAGCCACGUGGGCGAAUAUUUUGCAUGA